CAUCAACACUCAAACCCCCCAUUCUUCAUUGCAUUUUUGCAACUGCACUUCCCUCUUUCUCCGCAGAAACGGCGAUAGCUUCCAAAUUCUGUCUCCGUCGCCGGACGAAUCUGCUGGAGAUUUGUCUUUGAUCGAAUCUUCGACAAGAGACAUGGGUUGUGCUGGAUCCAAGCGUUCCAAAGGAGAUGCUAGCAAGAAAAUAAGAAAGCCAAAGCCUUGGAAGCAUACAGAAGCAAUAACAAGGGAGCAACUCAUACAGAUGCGUGAUGAAUUCUGGGACACGGCUCCUCAUUAUGGUGGCCGAAAAGAGAUAUGGGAUGCACUACGAGCUGCUGCCGAAGCAGAUAUAACAUUAUCUCAAGCAAUAGUUGAGAGUGCAGGCAUUAUUGUUCAAUCUGCAGACCUGACCAUUUGCUAUGACGAGAGAGGUGCAAAGUAUGAAUUGCCCAAAUAUGUUUUGAGUGAUCCGACAAACUUGAUCCAACAAACUUGAUCCAUGAAAGACAAUCAUUCACUUGAAGACUGUAUAUUGUGUAAAGUAACCCUUGUAGACUGUGUUUUGUGUAAUCUCUCACAAGUGUUCCAACUGCUCACAAUUUGUGUCAGUGCUCAAUUCAUGAAUUGUUUUUGUUUCAAACGAACAGCCAACUGCUCAAUCUAUGGGUUAUUUUUGAGGCAGUUCUAAUUGGGUUAUGUACUACUAGUCUACCAGUAUAAAUUUCUUUACUAUAUGUUCUUUAAUUUACCCGUGGAUGAAUUUAUAUAACU